AGCUGCUGUUGCGGUUUGCACCUGGUCCAGACCAGUUCGACGUUCCAAUAGACCAGCCACAAUGAGAUACCUGGCGGCAUUUGCGAUUCUCGCUGUUUUUGCACUGACUUUCACAGAGGCGGCUGUUUACAUUGGCGGCGGUUGCUACGACUGUAAUCCGCCCGGAGGCCAGGGACCCGGAGUCUACACAGGUGUGAACGGAGGACGCGGAGGAGGAGGUGGAGGUGGAUACAACGGAGGAGGAGGUGGAUACAACGGCGGCGGUGGAGGAGGAGGUGGCCGUCGUCCAGUAUAUUCGGGCAACUUUGGACCCGGCUAUAGCAACGGCGGAGGAGGAGGAGGUGGUGGAGGUGGCUACGGAGGAGGGGAUGGUUACGAUGAUGGCGGUCUUACGCAGAUUAUAAGCGGCUGAGAUUAUAAUCUCGAAGCUUUGCUAGCGCUAAGCUCGCAGAGCUAGCAUCGUCAGAAACUAAGGUUACAUAGACUUAAAUAAAACAAAUAUAUAUAUUUUA